CAUAACAAACAAACAAUUCUCCUUUCUUCAAAACACCACAACUCUACCUCUCAAUUCAAAACAAUGGAAAAUCAAAAUCCCACAUUUCUUUCUUUCUUCAUAGCAACAUGGUUUCUCUUGUUAUCCAUAAUGUUUCUUGGAGUCAAAUCUCAGGAACCCAUACAAAGCACUCCCGGUUUACUCUGCAUCAGUGAGUGUGGAACAUGCCCGGCGAUUUGCUCCCCACCGCCGGCGCCGGAAGUGGCCUUGAAGCCACCACCAUCGCCGUCGCCACGUCCACCACUCCCCGCCCAUUCCCCGCCGCCGCUGCCGCCGUUUUCUUUCUUCCCACCUCCGGGAGCGAUCAUCACGCCAAUAAACUCGCCAAUAGCUUCAUCUCCACCAUCACCUCCGGCCCACAACUACCCACCCUCAUUUCCGUACUAUUUCCUCCCACCAUUAUCGCCGCCGCUCCUGUCAUCACCUCCACCCCGACCAACCACUCCUCCGCCAUCGCCGCCGCCGCCGCCUUCUAACAAUUUCAACAUUCCGGCCAGCGUAGCCCCGCCGGCGGGUUUCGGACAGAAAAACUUCAGCAACCCUUACUACUACUUCUACGUCUCGGAGGCUGCUUCUAAGACGCUUUGUGGACCCAUUGUUCUUGCCGCCAUGCUAAUAAGCUUCCAUGUUUUCUCUUGGUGAUGAAUAAUGAUUCAUGAGGGGCUUCAUGCAAAUAUUUGGGGUUAAUGUGUAAUUUUAUUAAAUAGUCUUCCUAGUUUUUGCAAUAUUCCACUUCUUUAAUUUACUAUUUCUGUAUAUAUACUUUGCUUUCUAUGAAAUCAAUCAAGCAUCUUAUUUAUUUAAUUAAACAUUUAAA